ACCCAUACACCGCUGUCAACGUCAAGCAGAGUGUCAAUGAAGAGAGAAAAUAUGUAGUUUGUUUGUGUUUUUUGUAUAUGUUAAAGAGUCUUUCAAAAUGGGGAUCCUCGUUGACAGCUCGAUAAUGAUAGGAUCCAUGCUGGUCUUCUUUAUUGGAGGAUGGGUAUGGUUUGUGAAAAAGAUAUUCCGUGACUAUGAAGUCCAUAAUACGAUGGUCCAGCUUUUCUUCCCAAUGAUUUUUAUGCUGUCAUGCACCAUGUUCGAACUUAUUAUUUUUGAAAUUGCAGCUGUUCUUGAGUCAGGAUCUAGAUACCUUUACUGGCAAGUGGUCUUGUACUCCAUGCUCAUCAUGCUCAUUCUUGUCAUACCAUUCUACCUAUGUCACUUUGCUGUUUCAAAUAUCAGGAUGGUUCGUCGAGAAUGGGUUGGUGUACUAUCAGUGUUUACAUGGGGAGUGUUUAUGGUCUGCUUUUGGAAGAUUGGUGACCCAUUCCCCAUCCUUAGCACACAACAUGGUAUUCUCUCCAUAGAACAGAGUAUCAGUAGGAUUGGUGUUAUUGGAGUGACAGUAAUGGCUGCCUUAUCAGGAUUUGGUGCUGUCAACUAUCCUUAUACUUCUAUGAAUAUCUUCAUGCGCCCUGUUACCAAGUAUGAUAUACAGGCACAGGAACGGCGCUUAUUGCAGACUAUUGAUGUUAUUGUUAGCAAGAAAAAGAGAAUAGCACUAGCAGAAAGAGAAAGACAGACAUCAAAGGUGGAAGUUGAUAGUGGGGCACGGUCAAGGAUUUGGGGCUUGUUACGCAGUGUCACCACCAGUAGUCCAGAAGGGGAGAGCAUUGCAGCAUUGAAACAGGAGGUUGCAGCCUUGGAGGAACUGUCUCGACAACUUUUCCUAGAGACCGUUGAACUGCAGGGCCAACGGGAGAGAUUAGAGUGGGCCAGCACAUUCCAGGGACGCUUUUUCAACUUUAUGGGUUAUUUUUUCUCGUUGUAUUGCUCGUGGAAAAUUUUUAUUUCUCUAGUAAAUAUAGUGUUUGAUCGCGUUGGGAGAAAAGAUCCCGUGACCAAAGGCAUGGAGAUUGCCGUGCACUGGUUAGGGUUUGAUAUCGAUGUGCAGUUUUGGUCUCAGCACAUCUCCUUUUUCCUUGUUGGGUGCAUCAUCGUUACUUCCAUUCGAGGAUUUAUUCUAACUCUUACCAGGUUUUUCUAUGCAGUUUCUAGCAGUAAAUCAUCAAACAUUAUUGUGCUAGUGUUGGCUCAGCUUAUGGGCAUGUACUUCGUUUCUAUGGUGAUGCUCAUGCGAAUGAACAUGCCCCUAGAGUACAGGACAAUAAUUACACAGGUUUUGGGUGAUCUCCAGUUCCACUUCUACCACCGAUGGUUUGAUGUUAUAUUUCUAGUAUCAGCACUUACCACAAUGGGCAUUCUGUACUUGGCCCAUAAACAAGUCAAUACUUCAGACAAGACAGAAAGCUUUUAUGAACCCAAGUGGUGACAAAAAGUUCAGACUUUGUCAGCUCAACUGAAAAUUAUUGUUAUGAACUUAAGUGCCCCCUUCCCCCUGGCUGAAAUAUAGCUGUUUAUGUGUGAAGGAACUUUUACAUGACAAAACUUAAAUAUAGCCAGCAACUCUCCUAUUUAGUAUUAAUGCUCUGAAGACUAAAAUCUAAUUCUUUCUAGACAAGCUAUGAAAAAAGAACCAAAUAAUGGGAAACUUAAAAUGUGGUUUGUAAAAUGAGUUUCUUCUAAAGAUUCUAAUGACUUGAUAUGAUAAUAGGAAGAGUAAAAUGUAAUAUAUUAAAAAUGUUGUUUGUACUGGUAUGAUGACUAAACCAGGUAAAAUGUAAAAUGAAAAUAGCUUGACUAAUUAAAAAAAGAUGAAGAUAUACAAGUAAUUUUUCUUUUUUUAUGUAUAAACACCAGGUAUUAAGGAAAUUUAGUAGCAAUGGUGUAUGGGUUGAAAAUAUGAUUUUAUUUUUAUUGCAUUGAAAAUUUUAUAUUUUGAAUAUGAUAUAUGCAAUGUGGUGCAGACUACUACUAACUAAAAUAAAACUUGUUCAUAA